AAAACACCUCUACUUGAAAAAUCAAACUUAACAUGGCAUUUUACAUUCGCAUUUCCAUGGAGUUAUUAACAUGGGCUUCCUUAUUUUUCUACUCUACAAUUUGUAUUGGCACUGGCAGCACAUUUGUGGCCGGGGCGACAACAGAGGCACCAGCUCUGUGGAAGAGUGGGUGGUGGAAUGCCUCCAUCAACAACGUUGUAGACCAUUGUAGCUGGCCUGGUAUAACAUGCAACGGUGCUGGGAGCAUUAUCGAGAUUAGUCCACCUGAUUUUAGUGUGGGAGGGAAGUUUGGAAAAAUGAACUUCUCUUCCUUCCCCAAUCUUGUUCGCCUUAAUCUUAGCCAUCAAGGACUCUAUGGGAGCAUCCCACCUCAAAUUGGUGAUCUUACAAGACUCGAGCACCUUAAUCUGUCCAACAACAAUCUAACAGGUACAUUGCCUUCUUCACUUGGAAAUCUCACUCAAUUACGGAUGCUUGACGUAUCUUUCAAUUACAUAAACUCCAUCUCCCCAAAAUUCAGGAGUUUGAAGAAUCUUGUUUCUUUGAACUUGACUUGGAACAACCUCAAUGCAUCCACUGCUCCAAUUAUAGGCCUUCCCACUAAUCUUUCCCACUUGGAGUUGGCCGGAAAUCCUUUUAAUUGUAGAAUCCCUCCAGAAAUAUGGAACUUGAAGAGUCUUGUAGCCUUAGACAUGAGCGAUUGCUCCCUCAAUGGUCCAAUCUCUUCCAACAUCAGUCAUUUAACCAAUCUGGUUUCUUUGUCUCUUGCAUACAAUCAAAUCAAUGGAUCCAUACCUUCAGAAAUAUGGAACUUGAAGAGUCUUGUAGCCUUAGACAUGAGCGUUUGCUCCCUCAAUGGUCCAAUCUCUUCCAACAUCAGUCAUUUAACCAAUCUGGUUUCUUUGUCUCUUGCAAACAAUCAAAUCAAUGGAUCCAUACCUUCAGAAAUGGGAAAUUUAAAGAACUUGGUUUCUCUGGAUCUAUCUGAAAACUUGUUUGUGGGUCUAAUACCAUCUCUUCUUGGACAAUUAACCAGUUUGACAUUUCUAGAUCUCAGUUUUAAUUUGUUUAGUGGCUCCAUCCCUCCAGAAUUUGGGGAAUUGAUGAAUCUCACUGAUCUCCGCAUGAAUUACUGCGGACUUGUUGGUUCGCUCCCUCCAACUUUGGGUCAAUUGACAAAUUUGAGAUACUUGUUUCUUUAUGAGAAUCAAAUCAAUGGCUCCAUCCCUUCGGAAUUGACAAACCUUAAGAACUUGAUUUGUUUGUAUCUUUUGCAAAACAGUUUAGAGGGCACAAUCCCACCAUCUUUGAGUCUCUUGUCCAAUUUGAGGAUCCUGAACCUUAGAACAAAUUCUUUUGAGGGCUCCAUCUCGCCAAACAUAGGAAAUCUAAGUCAAAUCCCUCCAUCUCUGGGUCUCUUGUCCAAUUUGUUAGUUUUGAAUCUUAGUUCAAACAACUUGGAUGGUUCUAUCCCUCAAACUUUAGGAAGUCUAUAUAAUUUGUGGGAUUUGGAUCUUAGUAAAAACAAAAUAACUGGUCAUGUCCCUUCAUCUCUAUCUCAUUUGUCUAAUUUGUACGAUUUGAAUCUUGGUUCAAAUAAUUUACAAGGUUUCAUUCCUUCUGAAAUGGGAAAUAUGACUAGUCUAUCUUCGUUGAAUCUUAGUACUAACAAUUUCACUGGUUCAAUUCCUUUCACCAUAUUUCAUUUACCCAAUCUGCGAACAUUGUGUCUUGAUUCAAAUCUUUUAGAAGGUUCAAUACCCAAAGAGAUUGGGCAUUUGAAAUCUUUGCAGUAUUUGGACCUUUCUCGAAAUAAAUUGUGUGGACACCUCCCAACACAGCUUGAGAAUUGCUCCCUUUUAAAAGAACUGCAUUUGAGCGACAAUUCCUUGGGUGGAGACCUCCCAUCUGAAAUAGGAAACAUGAAGAAUCUAUAUAUUUUAGAUCUUAGUGCUAACAAUUUCAUUGGUCCUAUUCCUUCCACUCUAGGCCCAAUCCCAGAAACUUUGGCUCAUUUUCCAAACAACUCUUUUAUAGCAAACCCAGGUUUAUAUGGUUAUCCUGUUAGCAGGGCCACUACUUGGCCUUCUCCUUUCACUCAACAUAGAAAAAAUUCCAACAAAGUGAUGAGACAUAUUAAAAUUAUUCUUCUUAGCACCAUUUCUCUUGUGUUGGUAUCUCUGGCAUUGUUGUUACUUUCUCGAAGAAUAAAUGGAGCAAAAAGUAAGGAAGCAAUUCUAAGUCCAACGAAAAAUGGGGAUAUGUUCUCGAUAUGGAACUUUGAUGGGAGGGUUGCAUUUGAUGACAUUAUUGCAGCAACUGAAGAUUUCGACAUUCGAUAUUGCAUUGGUACUGGUGGCUAUGGUAGUGUUUACAAGGCACAAUUGCCAAAUGGCAAAGUAGUUGCCUUAAAAAAACUUCAUCGGAGGGAAUCAGAGGUACCCACUUUUGACAGGAGUUUUAGGAAUGAAGCUAAGAUGUUGACAGAAAUACGACAUAAGAAUAUUGUCAAGCUUCAUGGGUUCUGUCUGCAUAGACAAUGCAUGUUUUUGAUCUAUGAAUACAUGGAAAAAGGAAGCUUGUUUUGUGUUCUUAGAUAUGAUGCUGAAGCUGUGGAAUUGGACUGGAUGAAAAGGGUGAAUGUCAUAAAAAACACAGCACAUGCUUUGUGCUACCUUCACCAUGACUGUAUCCCACCUAUCCUUCAUCGAGACAUAUCAAGCAACAACAUUCUGUUAAACUCGAAGUUAGAGGCUUUUGUUUCUGACUUUGGAAAUGCUAGACUUUUGGAUCCUGAUUCAUCUAAUCAUACCACACUUGCUGGCACCUAUGGUUAUAUCGCCCCAGAGCUUGCCUAUACAAUGGUUGUGACUGAGAAAUGUGAUGUUUAUAUCUUUGGGGUUGUAGCAUUGGAAGUACUAAUGGGAAGACAUCCUAGAGAACUGUUGACAUUGUUAUCAAAACCAUAUUCUUUGCAAAAUGUGAUGCUAAGUGAUGUAUUGGACACACGUCUAUCGCCUCCAAGAACCAGAAAUGUUAUCCAAAGUAUUGUUGUUGCUGCCAUGCUUGCAUUGGCUUGCUUGCAUGCAAAACCCAAGUCCAGACCAACAAUGAAAUAUGUGUCUCAACAAUUUGUUGCCUGCCAAAAACAGCUUUUGAAGCCUAUUUCAACUAUUUCUUUGUUGGAACUUGUAAGUUCCGAUUUGGGGAUGGAAAAUGGAAGGGAACCUCAACCGGAAAUUGCAUUAGAACUUGCAAAACUAAAUACUGAUUUGGGGAUGGAAAAUGAGAGAGAACCUCAUUCAGAAGUUUCAUGUCAUCUAGAUGAGUUCCAUGGUUCUUCCUCAAAUUAGAUUCAACCGAGUUUCCUUGUCCUUUUUUUUUUAAAAAAAUAAAUCUGUUUGUCUAUU